AAAGCGCCAAAAUGGCGGACGGCAAUUAAGAAUAGUCUCCGCCCAUUCCUUUGAGGAAGCUCCCGCAACUUCCGCUUUUGCACGGAACAGAGUCGAAAGCUAAGUGAGAUAACGCGCAAGGAACUGUGCAUCUUUUAAAAGCAGGGAUACUGCUGGCUUUAGUAAGUAGGAAGACGGGUUAAGCGUUAAGUGGGACAAGUUGGAGAAGAGCGCCCGGGGUUGUUCUUACCUUGUACACCCUUGCCACCUCAGUAUACUUCUCAGAAAGACAAACCCAAGAUGGUGAAGAUCUUUGUGGGUAAUGUGAAUUCCUCCACUACGGAGCAGGAGCUGCGUGAGCUUUUCGAGAAAUACGGCGCGGUGUCCGACUGCGACAUCCUGAAAAACUAUGGCUUUGUGCACAUGGAGGAGGAGGAAGCGGCCCAGAAGGCGGUGGCUGCCCUGCACAAGCACGAGCUCAAUGGCUCCCGCAUCACCGUGGAGUACGCCACCACCAAGGUCCGCAAUGCCACCAAGAUCUAUGUGGGCAAUGUGCCAGAGGGAGUCACGGCCAGCAAAAUCAAGGAGCUCUUCCAGCAAUACGGCAAGGUGGUCGAGUGCGACAUUGUGAAGAACUACGCCUUCGUCCACAUGCAGCGGGAGAAUGAGGCCAUGGAGGCUAUUGCAGAGCUCAACCACACCAAGCUGGAGGGCCAGAAGAUCUUCGUGUCCCUAUCUCGCAGCAACCAGCCCAAGGACGGUCGGGGGGAUGACUUCCCCCCACCGCCUCCACACCACCCCUACCCUCCUCACCCACACCCCCACUACCUCCCCCCCCGCCCCCCCCCACCUGGGGAAUAUUACGGUCCCCGUGGCCGACUUCCCCCACCCCCACCCCUUCCCCCACCCCCACCCCGUGGCUACUAUGAUCGCGAAGCAUACGAAAGGGGCGUCCGCUACGACCCAUACGGCAACCCCACUGCACGCUUCUAUGAUCGGGAUGCUUAUGAUAGGCGCAUGCCGCCGCCUCCACAGCGCCCCCUCUCUCCUCCGCUCACCAACCGCUAUUACCGCGACCGGAGCCCUCUGGGGGCCCGCCGUGCACUCUUGCCCCCACCCCCUCCGCCUCCUCCGUCUUCCGCCAACUAUGCUCGAAACUAUCCUCGGGCCGCUGGCGGCCGCGACUUUGGGGCCACCAACAUGGUGCCGCCACCGCCGCCUCCUCCCCCUGCUACCACCACCCCCGCUUCCAGCCAUUACCAGGCCACCCACCAGCGCUAUUCGCUGGGCUCAGGUUUUGAUAAGGAUGAUUAUUUUGAUGAUAAGUAUAGCAAUGGCUUCAGCAGGGGCUACUGAAAAAAGGGGGUUAAUCUAGAUUGUGCAUAAAUACAGGGAUUUGGGGAGGCAGGUGCUUGAAAGGGACGUGGGAAUCAAAACCUAUUUGUAAUGGGUAGUAAUAUGGGUUAGAAAGACAACAAUCUUAAUUACUACAGUGAAAAAAAAUCUGGACUUUAAAUGAGUAAGUUAAAUUGAUACAUGUUUAGAUUUAUAGUUCAGCCAUUUCUUAAAUUUCAUUGGAACUGUUUUUGUUAACUUUACAACAUUUGAAACAUUACUUUUUUAUAUUUUAAUGUCUAGUCUAGAUGCAGGAGAAAAGAGUAUUUUUAAAGAUGAGGGUAGGUCUGAUUUCUUUGCAUGCAGCUGAACCGUGUAUGCAGGGAAAUUUGAGUUUAUUGGAAGGGAAGCUUUUUCUCCUUUUCUAUAAAUGCCAAACAGGUGUGAUUGAAUUUUGCGGAAUUGAAUAGACCAAAACCAUAAAGAACCAUUCUCUUGAAUAUUGGCUUCAGAAGCACAUACCCAUAGAUGAAGCUCCAUUAGACAGCAAGAAAUUUGACAGAUUUAUUUUGGAGUUGGUUUCAUUAACUUCUUGGCAUGUACCGUUUUCAGACUGACAUAAUGGGUUUAUUUUGGCCACGUUCCUUAGCAUCUAAGUCAGUUAUUUCUCGAAAGUGUAUAUAUGUGUGUUUUGUUGCGGAGGGAGGUUAUACGUAUAUCAGAAUGUGUGCAGGGACAGCCACAGGUCAAAAAUUGGAGUUCUCUCCCCCCAGCCUCUUGCUUGAAGCUCCACUGUGUAAGUGUCAAGUAAUGGCUGCCCCCGGCCUUUGACCCCCCCAUCAUUUCUUUCCAUUAUGAAGUCACUAUUGUUUCAUUCUUCAUUUAUUAAGUUGGGUGGUGGGUGGGUUUGAGUUUCCGUAUAUCAGCGGAGGGGGUUGGGCGAGAAGUCAUGUGUAAGGGUUUUUGGGGGAUACGUUUUGGUGAGGUUUUCCGUUUAAGAUCCCCAACAAAAAAAAAGUGAUGAUUUUCAAAGUUCAUACCAGAGGGCAGACCGACCGGCAGAUCGACCACACGCAUCGCCGUGACCAACCGACCAAACGACCGACCGACCGAACGCAUCGCAACAGCCUGCGCCGCCACACCCGAAACGGAACCGCCUGCACGUCGUAGGAUAAAGCACCAACUGACUCGAAACUCGAAAACGAACGGCUAAACAAAUCUCGACAAAACAUUAGCGCCGAAUGAGUGACACUGCUUGUUCUGCUAGUUCAUUUUGUUUUAUAGAUGGACGAAUCGCCCGCUUGUGUACAGUUCAAAAACUUGGUGUGAAUCUGUUCUCCAUCAGUUUUAUAGCAGUUAUUUUAGUACUUCAAUAAAUACAUGGGCGUAGCAGUAAAGCAUAAUGAUAUAGAUGGAAAUACCUCAGCGUUUUAACUGUUUGCUCUGCCUGUACACCUGCCUUUAGCUUUGGCUGCUGAUUAUAUAUUGUUGAUGUACUUAAAGAUAAUCCUACCAACCUGCUCCGAGCUCUGCACUGUUAAGGAGAAACAAUUCUCUUCGGUUUUUUCGUUUUAAUAUUUUUUGCCUUUUGCUUGUCCUCUCCUCCCAAAUUUGUCACUCACGGUUAUUAGAGCUUUGACGACUCCUUUGCUCAGUUUUGAUUUACAAUUUUUUUGUUCUUUUAGAGUUAAUUUAGAGAUGUCUGAUCAGUCGCUGUUUUCCUUUAGUCGCCUAAAUAAAACAUCGAAUUUCUCUGA